CAAUCUACUAUCUGUUGACUUUCUUGGAUGGAAUUUCGCGUAAUUAUUGUUCAUUCAUCCCCAUCCCACUUUAAUCUCUCCCUCUUUUUUCUUUUUUCUUUUUUCUUUUUCCCUUUUUUUUAAAGAUUAUCUUGUUUGAAGAUGGGGCGCGGGAAAUUAGCGCUUGAAUUUAUCACCAAGGAUAGGUCGCGCAAGACAACCUUCGAGAAGCGGAAGAAGGGGCUGGUGAAGAAGGCGGAGGAGUUUUCGAUCCUUUGUGGAGUCGACACUUGCAUGAUCAUUUACAACCCGGAUGACUCCUCAGGCCGGGGGAUCACGAUCUGGCCCCAGGAUCCCGAGAGGGUCAAGCAGGUCAUCGAUCGAUACUUAAAUGAGGGUGUGGAUCGGCGCAACAGACGUGCCAUGGGCCUCACUGAAUUCUACAUGGGCCGGAAGCGGAAAGCAGACAACGAGCUAGCCAAGAUCAGGUCUGCUAACUGGGCUGCCAAGUACCCUUACUCUGAGGAGCCGCUCAAUGGCCUCUCUCUGGAUCAGCUCCAAACUGUUCUGUCCAUGUUGGGGAUGAAGCUUGAGAAUGCAAAGAAGAGGCUCUUAGCAGCCAAGGAGAGCGCUGUCAUGAAUGCAUCGGGUAUGGUCCCAAUGCAGAUGGAUGAGUUCAAGUUCAACACUUCGGUCCAUUCACAUAUUAACGAUUACAUGCCCUUGGACGGGAUAAAGCCUCUAGAGUUCCAACAGCUGAUGAUCCCUUACUUGCCUCCACUAAUGGACUCGAACAUGAUGAUGAACAGCUCGAUGAUGUGGUCCCAGGUCGGGGACUCUUCAACCAACACCAACAACAGCAGCAGCAUCCUUGCAAACAAUCAUAACACCAACAACAACUACUACUACAACUACCCGCUCACUGUCCCGGCUUAUAACAGGAGCUUCCCUCAGUCUACGUCAUUCUCGAUCCACCACAGCGGGAUGGAUGCCAUGGAUAAGUAUGACCAGAUGCGUGGCUCCCACCAAGUCCCAGAGAACACCAUGUUCGACAGCUCGGGGCAGGGCAUGCUCGGAAAUACAUCUUCGAUGAUGAUGAUGAUGAUGCCUCCGCAGCAACAGCCGCUGAUGCUGCAAUACCCAAUGAUGCAGCAAGGUAAUACGAAUUCGCCUCCAUUCGCAUCUCCCGAUCAAGGGCUGCAGUUCCACGACAAUGGCAAUAGUAACAAUCAAUUCUUUCCUUCCCAUGGCGGAAACCAUUAGUCAGAUCGCCUUACAUCGUUAAUAUUUACAUUUCAGACUUGACAAUUGUUUCCCUAGGAGCUUCAAUAACUGUAUUAGACCCGUUAUCUUUUGUGUU